GGUGAGCCACUAUCAAAGAUAUUUGUAGCAAAAAGUAAUGGAGGACACGUAGGGCCUAAGGAACAGACAGAUGGUGUGUGGUUAAGAAACUGAGUCUCUCUCUCUCUCUCCUCCAUGUCCUAACACCAUGUCUCAAUACACAUUCUCUUCAAUACUCAUUUUUUUCUUCUAAGUUCUGAGCCAUCCUUUAUAUAUGUCAUCUCUCUCUAUCUUCAUUCUUACAUGCAUUGAGAAUUUACAUGAAGAGGGAGAGAAAGAAACAGAAACUUGAGGUCAAGGAGGAGAGGAAAAUGGAGGUGGCGGUGGUAGUGGAGCAAGUUGAUGCGUUGGCUGCAGCAGCGAUGGUAGCUGCGGCUGCGGCCGUUGAGGAGGAGGAACUGUGGGGAAUGAGGCUCACGGAAGGAGACGUUGUGGUCGACGAGCUGAUGACAUGGAGCACCGUGUUGCCCUCAUGUUGGAACGUGGAGUUUGUUGAGAAAAAUUAUGGAGUAUUGUUCGAAGAUGUUGUCUGGGAGGAUGAUCUUUGGAAUCUGAACACUUCCACUUAGCUCCCUCCUCCUUUAGAUAACAUAAGACAAGAUUGAAGUCGUGAGAUUCAAGGUUUUUUCAAUCGAUUCGGUUGUUCGGUUUAAGUUUAUAUGAACCAUAUAUUGUAUUUGUUUUGGUAUGGUUUUUUUGAGUUUUUGAUCAUGUUUUUACUAAAAGAAAAUAUCCUUAAUUCGAGGACUUUUUAUCAUAGAAAAUCAAGUUUGUUUUGGGUUUUGGUUUUUUCUUGGUUUAGUAUUAAGUUUUUUUGGUUGGGGGGGGUUUUAAGAACAGGAACAAAGUUAAAAAAAGAACAUACAUUAUGUGCCCUAUUAAGGAGUAGUUUUGUAACUGAUAUCUCAUGAUUUUCAUGAGUUUUAGAUUUAUAUUUUAGCUUAUUAUGAUUAUUUUAGGUUGCAUUUAGGUCUUUAUGUUGCAUUUGCAUACUCAUUUGCAUAUCAUAGGGGUUGGAAUGCACAUUUAGAAGUUUUGGGCAACAUUGGAAAGUUAUUGUUGCAAGUCAAAUACUUUUGAGUCAAAAAUGAAAGAAGGCGAGAAUCCAGGGACCGAAGUUGCAAAUGCAGAAAUUCGGUGGGGUUAAAUUGCACAAUCAAAAGUUAAGGGGCUAAAGUAAGGAUGUUUCUGCAAUUUACAAAGUUGUGGGCUCUUUUGUAACAAAUCCAAAGUUCGAGGACCUGCUGUGCAAAAUGGAAGAAACCACCACUGGAGAAGAUCGAGAGCUUCCUCUUCGCCGGACCUGAGUUUGAUUCAGCUCACCGGAGGUCGCAGAGAGGAGAUAAGCACGGAGACGGCUUGACCUUGAGAUUCAGAAGCUGAAGAGAUCCCGUAGUGGAAAGCUUGGCGGAGGAGAGACGACGAUUGAAGCUUGAUGGCUGCGACGGCGAGAAGCACUCCGGAGCUUCAGGACGUGCUGUCACGGCUCGAGCUGAGACCACGACGGUGAUUCUGAGCACAGCCACGGAAUGAUGACGACGACGGCACGUCGAGAUGUCGAGAAGAAGAAAUGAGGAACUCCACGCGGGUUGAGCAACUCGGGAAGCUGUACCCGCUCGCACCGGAAGAGACGUCAACACCAGUCUCACGCGGGGAAGGACGACGCGGGGAGCUGUACCCGCUCGCAUGAACUGAAGGCGUGGCGACGGCUUAACGCGGGGAAGCUUACGCGGGUGGAGCGACGAUCCCUACCCCGCGCCGAGACUUAUCUUUAAUCGAAUUUUAAUGUUUUUUUAGACUUUUUAAUGGGAACCAUUAGGUUUACCAAAGACAUAUAAAUACUCUUGUAAUCCUAAAGUUAGGAUCUAUCUUAUUUUCUAUCUAAUCACAAAGAACUUUGAGUUUAAA